UGCAGCUGUCCAUGAUUGUGUAGUUGGCAGAGAGGGUCUGAGUACGUGCGAGAUGCAGCCAUAGUCACGCUCCACUGUCCAACAUUUAGAACCUACUGGGAUCGUUAGUGUUGCAGCGCAUCGCAGCCGACUGAAAGCCUGUGGACGUGAGACAUCAUGGCUGAGCAGCAGAGGCAACGCUCUCUGUCCACCGCUGGGGAGUCUCUCUACCUAGUGUUGGGCGUUGAGAAGGUGGCAACACCGGAUGACAUUAAGAGAUCUUACAGGAAACUUGCGUUGAAGUUCCACCCUGACAAGAACCCUGACAAUCCAGAGGCAGCUGAUAAGUUCAAGGAGAUAAACAACGCUCAUGCAAUUCUGAAUGACCCCACGAAGCGUAAUAUUUAUGACAAAUAUGGUUCUCUGGGACUAUAUGUGGCUGAGCAGUUUGGAGAGGAGAAUGUCAACACUUACUUUGUCCUUUCAAGCUGGUGGGCAAAGGCUCUGUUUGUAUUCUGCGGCCUGGCCACUGGCUGCUACUUCUGUUGCUGCCUAUGUUGCUGCUGUAACUGCUGCUGUGGCAAAUGUAAACCCCGGCCUCGGGAGGGCCAUGAGCAGGAAUUUUAUGUGUCCCCUGAGGACCUGGAGGCUCAGCUGCAAUCUGAUGAGAGAGUAGAGGCUGGGGGUGACCCUAUAAUGCUGCAACCAUCAGCAACAGAGACAACCCAGUUAACAUCGGAUGGGCACCACUCCUACCACACCGACACCGGCUUCAACUAACCCUCCGUUCCCGUCAAUCCUGGCCUGCGGUUCUGCCUGCUUCCCUGCUCCACCUCAGUGAGAUGAAAGAGAGGGGAAAUCCACUUCAGAAAGACAGCCAUGCGGAGGAGAGGGACUAGUAAGCAUGGUCUAUGAAAGGAACUAAUGAAGUCACAUCUCUUACUCCCCUCCCUAAUUGGUUCACAACUUAUUUCCCCCAAGUACAAGAAGAUAAGAGGAACAACUUAAGUUUCCUUUUUAUUUCUUUUGUAUUUCUUGGCCUUUAACCGCACAGGUCGCCUAUCCCACUUUCCUUCUCCCACACUUUGCAUCAUGGUGUAGCAUGCACUGUUUAUGAAACAUGGUCUCCAAAUUUUCUUUAAUCUUUUGCAACAUCUUUACUUUGCAAGACUCAUAAUGUAGGUGCAAUAUGUUCAAAUUCUUACAGUUCUCACAGAGGAGAAGUAGGAGGUAGAGGAGGGGGUAAAGUUUACGAGAUAUAUUUUGCUAAAGGAAAGAGCCAUGGCUCAGGGAAGUGCUGGUUAGAGAGAUGUGUUUGUUUGCUGAGGUGAUCAGUGCCAUCAUUAAACCUUCAAGAACAGAGUUGUCAUAUAUUAGUGAAAUUUUGCAAUACUGUUUGAGUUGAAAAUGCCACCUGCCAUUGUCAGACCUACAGUACGUCUUUAGCACUGCUUGUCUGCAGUGUGCUCCCCUGAGAAUUUUCAAUGUGAACAACAAGGUUAUUGAGGCACAGAGCUUUAUUUGCUGACUUUUCUUUCAUAAAUGCCUGCUGACGUAACAUUUCUACUCAAGUUAUUAAUUAGUAUUGGCUUUCUAUUCCUUUGCCUCAGCUUCAUUUCAGCUUGUCUUUGCAGGAUGGAGACUACCUUCCUGUUAUCUGCAGCACUGAACAGGUCAUCAUGACAAAUUUUAUUUUUUUUUAGGUACAUUUUUAUGUCUGCUCAUAAUUUCUUGCAUUAUACAUCUAUUUAUGGCAGAUUUCAGCCCAGGUGGAUUAGUUAUAGUGUCACAUUUUUAUGUUGCUGUAUUGUUUUCAGCCAAACCUAACGAGUUUUUGUUUCAUUUUAUUUUCUGUUGUUUUUUUCGUCAAAUCAUCAGGCACAUCUGAUAGAUAAAAUCAGAUAAUUAACAUUUAAAUAAUGUAGUUUUUCAUUGGUGGAGGAAAUGUUAUUUUUAAUUCGUCUAACGGUUGGUAAAGCAUCUACGUUAUUGUAAUAUUUGUUUGUUAGUGUAUACCAAUAGCAAACAUAAUUUGUAACCGAGACAUCACAACUAAUCAAGACUGAAAUAUAUUUAUUUCAUCUAAUCAUUGCAGGGUUUUUUUGUUUACUUAUUGAUCUCUCGGUAUAUGAAGCCAAGAAGCUCCAGGCAAUCCAGCUGGUUGUGAUGACAGCUGUUAAUAGUAGAAAUAGCAGAUCUCUGUCAGCAGCUGCCGGGGUUCGGAGAAUGACAUGUUUUUAUCUCUGAGCUGUCUUAAAUAUGUUAUGUAGUUAAUGUGGUGUGGAAAAAAAAAACAUGUUACACUCUUCAUAGUUGGGCUGACUGCAGAACAUGGGGAUACUUUAGGUAGGGAAGAGUAUGAGUUUCAUCAUGUUUUUAGUCCUUGUGUUCUGGUGACAUUUUGUCCGAUGCUGUGAUCGUUUAUCAUUGACUUUUUUGAAUCCACGUAGAGUAAGAAGCUCGUCAGGCAUAUCAUCUGUGAGCUCAGUGCUACAGGCAGCUCCAAGUAAAAUGAAUCUAGAUUUUUCAUACUACUGAAUUUGCAUAUAUUAUUGCCACACACUUGCAAAUUGCCAUACAUUGUCAUGAACUUCCUUGCCACUUUGUCCUUUUCAUAAAAGCUAAUAAUGUGUUUCAAUGGUUUACAAUUGGUGAGCUCCUGUUGCCCACUCUCUGCUAUUAACGGUAUGGAUGUUGACCUCUGUGGCCCUUGUAUGAUGUUUCCUGUAACCGUUGAUGAAACAUAGAUGUUCCUGUCAUGGCUUUUUCAUCAAGAUACUGAAAAAUGCUACUGUAAAUGUUCUAAGUUGAAUGCACUGUGUGUUUAAAAGAAAAUACUAUAAUGGAUCAAUGAUCAGGAAAUUCCUCCACAAAAAGACAACAUAGUGUAUAGUUUAACUAUAGUGAAAUGGUUAUAUGAUGCAUUUUUUGAAUUUUAUUUAUUUCAUACUUGAUGAUGGCUAUAAUUUUAACUGGUAUGGUGUUGUAAUGUAACCAUUAAAUUUAGCAAGGAAUGGUUUAAUGGUUAAGGUCGCUUGUACAUACACUUGGCCCAUAUAAAGUAUAAACCCUAACGUUUAUGUUGUAGCAUGGUAAUUGUGUGUCUGGAAGAAAACAAGUGGAUCAUUGAUCUGAGUUGCUGUUGUUGAAUAAAAGUUCCUGAACAUUU